ACAGGCCAGGGGGUUGAGGUGGGAGGAGACGGAAGUGGUGGGGGCAGUGGCAGCCUCCUGGGCUCUGCCUGCCCCCAGCCCCUGCCUGGGGCCUUCUGUCACCGCCACCAUCAUGGGCAGUGCGUACCACUGGGAGGCCAGUCGCCGGCAGAUGGCUUUGGGCCGGAGGAGGUGGCUGAUGGCCCAGCAGCAGCAGCAGCAAGAGCAGGAACUGAAGAAACUCCAAGAAGAGAAACGGCAAUCUGAAAAAAGAACCCAGCCAUCUCGGGAGUCGCCGCGGGAGUCGCAGCCACCGCCGGCGCCAUCACGGUCGCCACCCGCGCAGCCGCAGCCUCCGCAGGAUUCCCAAAGGCCAGGCGCCCACAAGGACAGAUUCCAAGGACGGGUGAUGAACCCUCAAGGUGCAGGUUUCGGGAAAUCUAGCCCAGAUACACACACCAAGUACCCACGAUUCACGUCAACGAACUACAUCCAGCAGUGGUGAUUCAGAGACGGACCCCCGAGACCCCACUGGCCGGCCAUCAGCAAACAUCAGAUGAGCAGCCCCGUCGUCCUACCUCCCAGCAGCAUCUCCACUUCAAAAGCCGAGCCCUCCUGAUCCACUCUGGCAGGGGAGGCUAGCUGGGAAUCACGCGUGAUUUCUUCCCGCAAAGACUCAAGAGACUGGCUGGGCUCCGUGAGACAGAGGUGAGGGGGAGGGGCCAGGAAGACCCACGAAGAGGAUGGAGAGGGUGCGAGAAGACAGUGGAGGGCGAUUCCAUGCUUCUCCAGGCAAAGCCAACGGGAGAACUUGGCCUUGGGCCCCCCAGCUCUACAGCUCCACUACUGGCCCUUAUUUAGCAGCGAUAUCACAGCCUGCUGGGGGCUCGGGUUUACGACUCUCGCUGGAGCCACCAGCCCUUCCUCCUGGCCGAUGCUUAUCGAGAUGCACCUGGGGAAGCGUGGGUUGCAUCACACCAGAGCAGACCUGGGACCUGGGGCAGCAUCAGGAAGAAGUGGCACGCAGGGGCCUCCCCCAAGUCCAGUGUCGCGCCUGGUCCACGGUGGGCACUCCGCUGUUGAACGGAGGGUGGUUGGAAGGGAUGGAGAGAGAGAACUCGGAGGAAAGGAGGACUGUAGCCUCAGGCACAGGACACCUGACCUUGGGAAGAGGGGACUCGCCCCCCGCCCCCACCAAAUCCACAGGCCUCUUCCUCCCUGGGUCUCAGCCUUUCCACGUAGCAGAGACAACCCAGAGGCUCUGGAGGCCCCAGGCAGCCGCCUCACCUCUUCCUGAAACUGACACCUGGGGUCCCCCAGCCCUGCUCCCUCUGCCACUCUUGACUGGUGAGGGGGAUGCCUGGGUCCUUUCACUGUAGCGUCUCACCUUUGGGUGAGACUGAAGGAGCCUCUCUGCAGUGUUUCCUGAGAGGAGCAGUUGGGGGAAGCGAAGGAGCGGGGGCGCACAGAACAGGAGCAUUAAAGUUGGGAGGGGCUCAGAGACACACAACGAGGGAAGGGGAGCGAGCGAGCUCCUGGGAGCCGUCUCCCAGAAGGCAGAGAGGCCGGGCGUGUUCCCGAGGGGCUCAGGGACUGGGGAAGAGACCUUGAUGCCCACUUGGAUAUUAAGAAACAGGCUGUGAGAUGGGGAGCGUCCACCGGCUCCCUUCCCACUCACAGGAGCCUUUUAUUUUCCUUCCUUAAACACGGUUAAGCACAGCUGAUUGACUCCAAUAUAAAUCCAUUACAUUUGGCGAACUCCACCCAGCGUGAGCUCCAGCCUGGCCCCCGUGGACUUCCGUGCUCUUACCAGCACCACCUCGACGCCAGUUACCCAGGCGUGAAAGCGUGCGGACGGCACGAACUCCUUCCUUCCCCUCAUCCCCCCGGCCGGCUCCUCACCAGGUUCUGGCCCCACGUGCCCUUCUCCGCCCUUCCUACUGCAAACUCAGCUUUCCCUGCUACUCAAGCUCACCUCUCUGCCUGUCUGAGUGACGGAAACCGGUAACCACCUUUAGUGAGCAAACACAAUUCCUGCUCGCCUAAAGAACCUGGGGUUUGCCUGGGGCUUCUCAUCUGAGUGACAGCAAAGAGGCGACGGCCUGGACCAGUCCCGACUGAUAGGCAGCUCCAUACUGUCAGCGCCCAAAGGAGAGCAGAGGCCUCUGGGAGCAGAGGGCGCCCUGGGACUAGGCUAGGGGUGCAGCGGGACCCAGCAGUCCGGCCUCACCUCUGCAGGUUUUCAGCGGGAGGGCGGCUGCGCCCACCAUUUGACCUGCCUGUGUCCCCUCACGUGGGCUCAGGCUUGUGGCCUCCUUCAAUAAAAACCUUUUAAAAUGA